CCGUAGCGGCGCGUUCAUUCUGCAUUCCCCGGGCGCGUUCGAACCCGACCCUUCACUUUCGGGCUCCGUCUCGUCCGCCACGAUCGCGUCUCGAUUUUAGGGUUCCGGCCGUGGGCGGCAGUGGCUCUGCCUAGCCGCAAGCAUUCGAAUCGAAGCACCCCUGCUACUUCUCCGGUUCGAGUUCUCGCAAGUUAUCCUCCUCCCGCUCCUCUCCUCUAUUUCCACUCUCUCCAGUUUGUCUGCCGAGUCGGAAAGUGUUUUCCCCCCUCUGGUUUCAAGGAUCCUGUCCGAGAGUUCUCUCAUUGGUUGGGACAUGGGUUUGUUUCGUAAUUGCAAGUAGUGUGCCCUAAACUUCUGUUUCUAGAAAAGAUAUUCAAUAUAUGAAAAUUAUGAUAUGUACAUCAAAAUUUCCUUGCUUUCUGAACAAAAAUAAAAAGCAAGCAUGAAUAUGAAACUUAGUUAAUCAAUUCAUACUGCAUGAAAGACCGGAAUUACAUUUCAAUUAUACAUGAUAAUGGAGUGCAACAAGGAAGAAGCUAUGAGAGCCAAGGAUAUUGCAGAGAAAAGGAUGCAAAACCAAGAUUUCAUUGGGGCUCGGAAGUUUGCUCUGAAGGCCGAACAACUGUAUCCCAGCAUUGAGAACAUUUCUCAGAUGUUAACUAUCUGUGAUGUCCAUAUCUCUGCUGGGUGCAAGGUGAAUGGACAAAUGGAUUGGUAUGGAGUUCUCCAGGUUGAAUUGAGAGCUGAUGACUUGUCUAUCAAGAAGCAAUACCGUAAACUUGCUCUUUUACUUCAUCCAGAUAAGAAUCAAUUGCCAGGUGCUGAAGCUGCCUUCAAGUUAAUUGGGGAAGCACACAUGAUUCUAUCAGACCGUUCAAAAAGAGGCAAUUAUGAUUCUAAAAGAAACAAGCCCAGUAAAGUUCCUCCUACUAGGCAGCAUCCUCAGAGUUCAAGUGUAAAAACUCAGACUCAAAGUAAUUUUAACACAGUUAACUUUAGUGGGAUAAAACUUCAGCAGCAGCAGCAGCAGUCUUCGUUUUCCAAUUUUGAAAAGACCUUCUGGACAAUAUGCCCUGUUUGUGGAAUACGAUAUCAGUAUUACCGAAGCAUUUUAAAUAGAUCCCUUCGCUGUCAUAACUGUUUGCAUUCUUUUGUUGCAUACGAUAUGAAUGAUAUGAAUGUUAAACCCAUGUCUUCAGUCCAACCCCCGUCUAGUAGUCAUGGAAUGCAGAACAAUCCAAGUCAGAAAGUUAAUAGUAACGACCAACAAAGCCAAUCUGGGGAUGCAUUUUCUGUCAAGUCAAGUUUAGACAAUGGUCGUGAACAUGCAGUCAAGACCACAACCCUGACUGGAAGAAAAAGAAAGGGUGUUCAUUCAAAUGGCAGUGUUAGUGACAAUGUAGUUGUGCAAAAUGGUCGUCCUAUUAAACACGGGACUAGUCAAUAUGGGACAUGCAGGUCUGGAGAUGAAACUGAUUUUGGCCCCAAGAUGUCUCCUGUCCAAAGUUCCUUUGAUUACCCUGAUCCUGAAUUUGGAAACUUUGACAAACUCAGGGAUGCAAGUCAAUUUUUUGUCAAUCAAAUAUGGGCACUGUAUGACAGUAAUGAUGGGAUGCCUAGGUUUUAUGUUCAAAUAAAAAAGGUUUGUUCACCUGGUUUCAUGUUGUUUUUUACGUGGCUUGAACAUAAUCCUAAAAAUGAGGCUGAGGCUGCAUGGACAAAUGCAGAAUUACCUGUUGCUUGUGGAAACUUCACGUUGGGUGAGACAGAAUCUACUGAAGAUAGGCUGUUGUUCUCCCAUGUUGUUUCCUGGACAAAAGGGAAAAGCAGAGACUCCUAUGAUAUUUAUCCUAGAAAAGGUGAUGUUUGGGCUAUUUACAAGGGCUGGAGUAGCACUUGGAGCUCAAAUACAGAGAUUGCACAGUUGUAUGAAUAUGAAAUAGUAGAAAUCCUUUCAGAUUUUGCUUUGGGAUCUGGAGUUAGCGUCAUUCCCUUGGUAUGGCUAGAAGAUACUGUGAGCUUGUUUGUGCGAGCAAAGGAAAACGAAAUGCCCCCAUUUGUGAUUCCACCCAAUGAAAUACUUCGUUUUUCUCAUUAUGUUCCUUCAUAUAAGUUGAUGGGUACUGAAAGAGAAGGUAUUCCUGAGGAUUGUUUGGAACUUGAUUGUGCAUCUCUUCCCAUUAACUUCACAAAGAUGUUUCCUUCUGUUAACUGCAGUAUUAGCACAAUUAAAAAUGUAAGUGGAAGUAGUUGGUCAAGUUUGAAAUCCACUAUGGAUGAAAGACAAACUGGGACAAAUACUUUUCAGGAAACCAAGAAGAGCACAAGUCAUGGUUCGUUGUCAAAUGGGAUGAGAAAAGAUGAUGAUUUGAAAAACGAGCACUCUAGUAUAAGUCAGAAUUUAAAACCUUCCGAAAAUGUUCAUAGUGAAGCCAAAUUUCCAGAAGUAGACACUAGUGUCAAAGAAAAUAUAGAGUCUGAACGUGUCCAUGGAAGUGUCAAUGGCAAGGAUGACUCCCUUUUGGAGUCACCUUUUUCUCCUGCUAUAUAUGAGUAUCCUGAUCCAGAAUUUUACAACUUUGAACAAGGAAAAACAAUUGCAUCUGUCCAAUGUGGUCAGAUUUGGGCUUUCUACAGUGAUGUAGAUUCAUUCCCCAAGUACUAUGGUUUGGUAAAGGAGACUGAGUUGCACAAUUUCAGAGUAAAAAUUGCAUGGCUUGACAACUGCCCAUGCCUAGCAGAGGAGAGAAGGUGGCACAAAGAAGGAAUGCCAAUUGGAUGUGGGACUUUUGAGGUAGUUUGUCAAUAUGAGACAUUUGAUGAUACUCAUCUAUUUUCUCAUCUCACACAUGCCAAGCUAGCUGGUAAAAUAAAUCAUUACUUGAUUGAACCUGGUGUUGGUGAAAUUUGGGCAGUGUACAAAAAUUGGAGUAUUGGGUGGAGCAUCUCAGAUCUAAAAAAUUGUGAGUAUAUUUUGGUAGAGAUUUGUGAGCAUAUUCUUUCUGGCAUGAAAGUCAAUAUCUUGGCGAAGGUAAAUGGCUAUAGAUCUGUUUUUAAGCCUGAGGGUAAUGCAGAAGUUGUGACCUCAAUGGAGAUUCCAGUGAGUGAAUACAUUAGAUUCUCCCACCAAAUACCUGCAUUCAGACUAACAGAAGAAAGGGGUGGUGAGCUUCGUGGCUAUUGGGAACUUGAUCCGGCUUGUGUGCCAGGUGUUUUACUGGUCUCAGACCAAGAAAUGCAGGGAAGUGAAUGUUGAAGAUUUCAUCAGCAGUUCAUUGGGACUCCUCAAUUCAAUGUGGGAAUUAUAUGGGGGGCUUACGAAUGCUUAAAGUUAUUAGGUAGCUGCUUGGUUGAAGUCGCAUCAUGAUAUGACAGAUCAGCUGUAUGGUGGAUUAGCUUCUCAGCUCAAUUGCUGGAAGUGUAUGUUGGGUCUAUUGCUCCAUUUUCUCUAUUUUCUCUACUAAUGGUCUUUUUAACUUGCCAUGGGCUGACAACACUGAACUGAGAUGAGCACUAAUUAUGGGCUAAUGAAUAAUUGUCCAACCAUGGUCAAUGAGUCUGUCUUGGAGUGAAUUUACUCAUGAUCAACAGCGUUUGUUACCAUUCAUGGUCUAGUAAUUCGUGGUUGAUUUCCUUAUUAGGUAUGUAUGCUUUGUGGUCUAUGUCAUCUAUCCAUCAUAGUAUAGCAAGUUUAAAUUAAUGGGAUAAAUAAUUUCCUUUUCUGCUACCAUAACAUUGUUCUAAAUUUCACUUGCUCUGUCCAUCAUCCAUCCAAGAACCCCUAAUUUUAAUCUUCCCUAAUGAGGUGGCUUGAAAAAUAAAUGAAACUUCAAAAUACAUUCUUGUCGGAUUUUUGUAUCAGUCUCCUUGCCUUCUUUGAUCCCUCUUCAUCAAUGUCAUUACCUCUCCUUCAUUUGCCAUGGGCUCUUCUCUCAUUGUUCACAUUGCCACUAUGAUGUUGCUCAUCUGUCUUUACACAUCCUCAGCUCUCAUUCUUCAUUGCUUUGUAUUUUUCCGUCUUUGUGACCACCCUUUUAUACUCCAUUUAGGAAACUUCAAGCUUAGUCAUAGUUAUUCUUUAUACCCACAGUUUCAAAUUGGAUUGCCAAUCUCACAUAUACCUUUGGUGACCACUUCAGGCUAGAGAUGGGAGGAGAGAGGGUUGUUAAAGGUCAAAAAGGAGAGAAAAGGACACAAGGUAGAUUACUAGGUAAUGGGAAGGAAAAGUGGGAAAGGAGGUGGGAAGAGGAGAAAGGACCAAAUUACUGAUAAGUCAUGUCUUCUUCCAUCUCCUUCAACGUUGAUGCUUAUGAUGCCACCUUCAACACCAUCUCUUGCCAUUCAUUAAUCCCCUUCCUCAAUUGUGUUCAAUAUCACUAAUGAUAGAAUCAACUGCUUGAAGAUUGAGUGUAUUGUGGUAAUGACGUUGCUCUGGCAGCACUGCAUGUGCUCAGUCAGUCUUCCAUUGUGCAGCUUGGUCAUCCCUGUGUGCUUUGAUUUGCAAUGUACCUUGACCUUUAAUGUGUGUUUACCUGCAGCUGUGGUUAGAGAGGAGAGCAAAGGAGGGCAUGGUGGGGAUGAUCUCAAGGUGGUUGUUAGAGAGAAGCACAGGAUGCAAUGCUGCAACGUCAGCAUGGGCAGGGUUCUCGACCUAGCAAGAGCAUAAUAAGUUUUUCUUUACAGAAUUCCCUCUUUUCCUUAGCUUCCGCCUAUAUUUGGGCAAAAUAAAAAUGACCUCCUCUACUAGGAAUCACCUGCAAUCCAUUAAUCAUCAAAGUGAUUAAGAGAAGGGACCAUCCAAUCUCCCUUUCUGCAAAAUUGAAUUUCGUCUCUUAAAGUAUUCACAAGUUUAACGAGUGGCUCUGCUAUUAUUGUGGGGCACAUGCUUUAUUAUAAUUUUUUGAAAUCAAGAGGGUACUCCUAUAUAAUUAGGGAAGCUCUACUGAAAUUUUGGAACUUAAAAGAGACUUUUUGCAAGAAAAAAAUUAGCUUCACUCACCCUUCAGGAUCCAAUAUAUUUAUCCUUUCCCCUUGUGUUUCUGCAUCAUAGACAUGACACACGGACUCUCUUCUCAGCUUGCCAUAUCUAUCCCCUCAAAUCUUCAAUGUCAGACCCCUUUUCUUAUUGUGGAGAACGCCAAGUUUUGCCGUUGCCUUGAUGGCCUUCAUCACUGCUCCUUUGAUGGCGGUGAUGCUACUACCCUUCAACUGAUCGACCUUGCUUCUUCCUUUCCUCUCCUUCACCGGUGAUGCCACUACCUAGGAUCAUGGUGGUCAGGAUGGAUCUUUGCCCUGAAGAACUUUCCGUGUCACAUUCUAUGUCUCUUAGGUCAGGGACAACUGCUAAGCUUCUACUUGGAAGGAUGAUGUUGGCUUGUGUGUGCGUGUGUUUUUUGCUACUAAUAGGCCUUUAUCUUAAACAAAAAGUGUUAAUUGGCGCACAAUACAUUGUCUUAGAAUGGAUAAUCUCAUGAUUUUGUGAUUAAUUUGAUUAUGGUAAUAUGAAGGGGAGCUUUGGCACAAUGGUAAAGUUGUUACCAUGUGACUUAGAGGUUUUGUGUUCGAGUUUCGGAAACAACCUCUUGAAAAGUAAGGUAAGGCUGUAUUGAUGAGAGCUUCAUCCAUCGGGUUGUCCUUUAUUUGGUUAUGUUAAUAUGGUAUACUUUGACAGUUUGUGUUCUAAACUUUUUUUUUUUUUGCUAUUAUGUUUCAGCCCUAAAAUUUUUCCUUCAUUUCAUAUAUGAUUGCUUCCACUUAACUUUAUAUGGUCUAUUGAACCUUCAUUACAUCUAAUUAAUUCUAC